AGCCUGUUACGCUGCAGGUUGUGGCAGGAGAGAAGCUAUAAAGCUGCCUGACAAGCCAAGAGGGAGACAGAGAGGAGACAGAAACAUGAGAGAGAAUCCUGCUGAGUUGAUUUCAUUCCAAAACAUGGCAUUCACUGACUGUAUGAAACCUACUGACCUGUCUGCAGAGAGGAAGGGGCUCAUGAGGAAAAACUGGAGGAAUAGGAUAGGAUUUCUGCUGAAGUCAAACUCUUCUCAUUCCAUAUUACAUCUAAAGAGGAACAGGAGUUACAGGCCGACUGCUGAUGACGUGAGCCAAUGGGCACAGUCACUUGACACACUCCUUAGUCAUAAAUAUGGGAAAGCUGCUUUCUGUAUCUUCCUGAAGUCUGAGUUUUGCGAGGAAAACAUUGAGUUUUGGACGGCGUGUGAGGAUUACCAGACCCAAACGUCGCACAAAGAGCUGGUGUCCAAGGCCAACAGCAUUUACGAGCAGUUCAUUAAAAAUGAAGCUCCAAAAGAGAUAAACCUGGAUUUUCACACCAAAAAUACCAUAACCCAAUGCCUCCAUGACCCCACUACAACAAGCUUCUUGGCAGCUCAGAGAAAAGUCUACAGCUUGAUGGAGAACAACUCGUACCCCAGAUUUAUCCACUCAGACCUCUACAGAGAACUGUGUGAAGUUGCCAGGGGAGAGAGCAAGCUCAUUAAGUCCUAGUCAAACUAGACACCCGGUCCUGAAGUCAUUUGUUUACUGCUGAGACUCUGUGAAUAGACGCUGAUGAUGAUCAUCCCAGGCACUGCCUCAGGAUAAUAGACCCAAAUGCAAAUCUUGGGCACAAACAUUAUGGCCGAGUGUGGAUAAUGCAAAACUGAAAGCAUUUUUAUUCCGUCCUACUGAGAGUGUUCGUCAUAAAGAGCUGGGAUGAUUAGGCAGGUUACUUUAUGCUGCUGCAGACGGCACACUGAGCAUCUCUACGGCCAGAUGGGAUCAAGGUUACAUCCUCUUCACCAAGCGUUUACCUGCACUCUUUUACCAUUAGACUUUGGUAUUUUUAGCAAGUGAAGAAAACACAGUAGUGCAGCUUAAUUCACAGCUGCACUCAAACCACUGAACUCCAUCCCUCACAGACACACUUUCAGAUGUAUCCCUCACUUCCUAUACGACCCUGGUAUGUUGCUCUGAUGGAUAUUUCCUGUGUUUACACAAAAAGUGCAAUCUUUAUUUAUAGAACAUGUUGAUAUAAGUAUGAUAUAAUAAUGAAUUAUGAUGUAAAAAUUGUGAUAUUACGUGUGUUGAAUGUAAAUUUAAGCUUGGAGCAG